UCGCUCGGAAUAGGUGGGCCGGUGAAGAGGGAGCCGUGCAGGUGUAGCGGAGGCCCGGCUCGCAGAGGAGCUGCCGGUGCUCAGGAGUUUACCCUUGAGAAUCAGGGAGCAGGGUCUCUGGGCAUUUCCUCCACAUAGAGUUCCUAUCUGCAGACCUCAGAAGCUAUUGGUCCUCUGCAGGGACCCCAACCGCUCCAGGGCUUCCCUCAGCUGUUGAAGGAUCAAGCAGGUCUUGGAACCAAGAGCCUGAACUGGGAAAGGCCAGUCCAAGAAGGAAAACUUGAGUCUACUCUGAAGCCACCUGGCCAGAGGCUGAAGGACCGAUGGCUGCAAAAUCCCAGCCCAGCGCUCCCCAAACCGGGAGUCCCGGCAGCGCCACCAACCGGAAGGCAGCGUCUCAAGGACAGUGGGGCCGCGCCUGGGAGGUGGACUGGUUCUCCCUGGCCAGCGUCAUCUUCCUGCUGCUCUUCGCGCCCUUCAUCGUGUACUACUUCAUCAUGGCCUGCGACCAGUACAGCUGCUCCCUGACCGCCCCGCUGCUGGACAUCGCCACCGGCCGGGCCAGCCUCGCAGACAUCUGGGCCAAGACGCCGCCCGUGACCACCAGAGCCGCCCAGCUCUACACCCUGUGGGUCGCUUUCCAGGUGCUUCUGUACAUGGCGCUUCCCGACUUCUGCCACAGGUUCCUGCCAGGCUACGUGGGAGGGGUGCAAGACGGGGCCGUGACCCCAGCAGGUGUCGUGAACAAGUAUGAGAUUAAUGGCCUGCAGGCCUGGCUGAUAACACACCUCCUCUGGUUCACCAAUGCUCACUUCCUGUCCUGGUUCUCCCCCACCAUCAUCUUCGACAACUGGAUACCGCUGCUGUGGUGUGCCAACGCCCUCGGCUACGCUGUCUCCACGUUUGCCAUGAUCAAGGGCUACUUCUUCCCCACCAAUGCCGAGGACUGCAAGUUCACAGGCAAUUUCUUCUACAACUACAUGAUGGGCAUCGAGUUCAACCCCCGCAUCGGGAAGUGGUUCGACUUCAAGCUGUUCUUCAACGGACGCCCCGGGAUUGUCGCCUGGACCCUCAUCAACCUGUCUUUUGCAGCUAAGCAGCAGGAGCUCUAUGGUCAAGUGACCAACUCCAUGGUCCUGGUCAAUGUCCUGCAGGCCGUCUACGUGCUGGACUUCUUCUGGAAUGAGGCCUGGUACCUGAAGACCAUCGACAUCUGCCACGACCACUUCGGCUGGUACCUGGGCUGGGGAGACUGCGUCUGGCUGCCGUACCUGUACACACUGCAGGGCCUCUACCUGGUCUACCAUCCUGUGCAGCUGUCCACCCCACACGCCGUGGCCAUCCUGCUGCUGGGCCUGCUGGGCUACUACAUCUUCCGGAUGGCCAACCAUCAGAAGGACCUGUUCCGCCGGACGGAUGGACGCUGCCUCAUCUGGGGUCGGAAGCCCAGGGUCAUCGAGUGCACGUACACGUCAGCCGACGGGCAGAAGCACCGCAGCAAGCUGCUGGCGUCCGGCUUCUGGGGCCUCGCGCGUCACCUCAACUACACGGGCGACCUGCUGGGCAGCCUGGCCUACUGCCUGGCCUGCGGCGGGAGCCACCUGCUGCCCUACUUCUACGUCGUCUACAUGGCCAUCCUGCUCACCCACCGCUGCCUCCGCGACGAGCACCGCUGUGCCCACAAGUAUGGCAAGGACUGGCAGCGCUACACGGCCACCGUGCCCUACCGCCUGCUGCCCGGCCUCUUCUAGGCCACGCUCCUGGGCCGCACCUGUGGCUCAGCAGGAGCCCGGCACCUGUGCGGGGGCUUCUGGGGCCGCGGCGCCUUCCUGCAGCGGGACCAGCUGCCGCUCUGCUCUGCGUCCCAGGCCGGGUGGCCCUUUGUCACAGUUCACGUGGGGACCCAGCCGCCGCUGUGCCCAGAGGAACCGCCUCCAAUGCCAGUCAGGCCGUCCUGUCCCCAUGGCCAGGCAGCACUGAUGGUUCUAGAAGAGUGACCUGCACGGAGUGCAGGUUGCCCACACCCACCGCUCUCUGCUCUGUGGCAGUGGGCUGGCCCCGGGGACGUCCUCCUCGGUGGCAGGCACCGUGUAACUGGUGGACCGAGGUGCUGAGGGACACUGCAGAGGAAGUGGCUCCUGUUCCUGGUCCAGGCUUCUGGUUGGCUUCCUUUUUGCUCCUACUGCCCAACUGCCAGGUGUGACAAGCGGACCCCAGGGGCACUGGCUGGGUGCAGGACCUAGCUAGCCCCUAUCUAGCCCCAGCUGCGCCUUCCUGAAGUAAGACAGGAGGCUCCCAGGGCCCAGCUCCGUGAGUGUCGCCCACCGGCCUCGGCCACCUGCCCUGUGGCAGGCAUGGCCCUGUGUGGACUCUGGCUCGGGCAGCACCGUCCCCAGGGCCUCGGUGGAGCCUUGGAGGAGGCCCCGCCUCCGGGAGGGGCUCCCUUCCAGCGGGUUUCUCACCAGCACUGCCCCCCACACUCAGGGUUUUCUGGAAAGCUCUCAGACCCGAGUCCACAGCGUAGUUGCUCAGUCUUUAUAUUAAACGCUCCCUGGUCACCUGA